AACUUUUGUAAACAUCAUUGAAUCAUAAUUUAAAUUUUUGAAUUUUAUCAAAAAUCCUUUUAUAAUUACAGAAUCAGUGUUAGCAAGCAGGCACGCUGAAAAAAAUAGGAAAAGCAACUAUUCAGCAUUUUAAGAAAUUAAUCCGCAUUGCAAGAUGGAUUUCCCCAGUUCAAGAUAUGCCAAUGGUCAGCUUAGCGACGAAUCUGCGUCGAACUGCGGUGAAGGAUCUUCCAGUGAAAAUGAAAGCAGAAAUUCGUUCAAACGUAAACAAGAAACCGAAAUGGGACCGGCGAAAUUCCGCCGACUGGAAGACGCAGAUCCCAGCCAGGAGGCCUCACCGUCAAGCAGCAUCUAUUCAGCGCAGUCCAUGCGAAUGAUGAAUAUGAUGAACUUCGACAAAAAAAAGGGCCUUGGCAAGAGCGGUCAGGGGCGAACCGACAUAGUGCAGAUAUCCUCCCAGAAGGGACGCCGCGGUUUUGGACAUAAACUGGAAGAGUUGGAUUCCGUUGCGUUGGACUGGAGUAAAACUGAAGAGAAGAUUACUAUUCCCGAACGUGUUGAUUGGCUAGAGAAUCAGGAUGGGACUGAUAUAAGCUGUUGGAAUAGAGAAUUUUUGGAUCGCUGGAUUAAGUAUGGCAAGCGACCGGUUACAAUGGACAACGAAGACAAGUUUUGCUCACAAGGAAUAUUAAAAAGAAUCCUAGAAUGUAAAUCCGCAUUCGACAAACUGGAUACGAAAGAAAUGCGGAAAGCAAGAACGAAAUCGAAUCCGUUUGAAACGAUAAAAUCUAACAUUUUCAUGAAUAGGGCUGCAGUUAAAAUGGCCAACUUAGAUGCUAUGUUCGACUAUAUGUUCACUAAACCCGUGGACAAAGACGGCAAUUCAGUGAUUCAAGAAAAUGGUCUCUUAUAUUUCGCGGAUGUGUGCGCCGGUCCCGGAGGAUUUUCCGAGUACGUUCUCUGGCGUUUGAAAUGGCGUGCGAAAGGGUUCGGGUUCACCUUGAAAGGUGAUAAUGAUUUUAAAUUGCAUGACUUUAUAGCAGGAACCCCGGAAACGUUUCACGCCUAUUAUGGUCCAAAAAAUAACGGCGACGUGUUCGAUUUGGACAACAUCAAUGGCCUGGAAAAGUAUGUUUUAGGUCAAACAGAAGAAGGAGUUCACUUUAUGAUGGCCGAUGGUGGAUUUUCUGUCGAUGGCAAUGAAAAUAUGCAAGAAGUUCUUUCUAAACAGCUCUAUUUGUGUCAAAUGUUGGUAGCACUCAAGGUCGUCCGUGUUGGGGGGCAUUGCGUAAUAAAGUUGUUCGACUUGUUUACGCCUUUUAGCGUCGGAUUAAUAUACCUAAUGUACAGGAGUUUCGAAAAAAUUUGCAUAUGUAAGCCAAACUCCAGUCGGCCGGCCAAUUCAGAGCGAUAUUUGGUGUGCAAAUGGAAGAAACCGGGUACGGAAGGAAUUUGCGAGUAUUUGUACAAUGUUAAUGAAUUUCUACAAAACAAAAGUAGUAAUGAUAAUGACAUCGUGGAGUUAGUACCCUUCGAGAACCUAGAUGCAGACAACACGUUUUUUGAGUACGUUUAUAAUAGCAACAAUGAAAUAGGAACAAACCAAAUCAAUGGAUUACUGAAGAUAGCAGCUUUUACCUCGGAUGAAACGCUAGCGGAAACCAGACAGGUAGAAAUAAAGGCACGCUGCUUAAAGUUAUGGCGAUUGGAAGAUAAUAUGCGCAAAGCUGUCUUGAAACCAAUGAUGGAUCAGAACGUUGAUGAACUGCUCAAAGACUGGAAAAAAGAAAAGGUAUUUUUGGGCGCUCCCGAAAUAGAAGUAAAUGUUACCGGAGUCGAAGCAGUGUUCCCUUCUGUCCAUGGAUGGUAUUUUGUGCCAAUACACAACGCUGAAAACAGCGGUAAAAAUAUUCGCUCAGUAUUUAUUGGGCGAGGAGGUAAUGUAAUACUACAACACAAUGCCUCAAAUGGAGCAUGGACUGCGCUGAAAGAUGUUCAUUUGGAGCUACCCGCUAAAACUCUUAUCUAUGGUGAAAUAGUUAACGAGCUGCAUGGAGAGGGUAGAUCCCAAAUUACAAUCCAAGCUUUCCACAUAAUCGAUGGAAUAAUUCUUGGAGGUGUGGACAUCCGUAAGUGGUCGCUAGUCGAGCGAUUACGUAUGUGCGAAUUGUUUGCCAAAGCAUUGAAUAAACCACAGAAAACGAUCAACAAUUCCGAUCACACUUAUGCGGUUACAAUGCCGAUAAGGUGUAAAAAACUGAUUGCUUUCUCGGAUUUGAACCAAUUUUUCCAGCAACUACAACACUAUGAACUCAAGGGAAAAAUAACACGUCUAGGAUAUAAUCUACGUAAUACAAAUGAACCGGACAGAUUCUACGUUCCGCGGGCGCUUUUGUUUCUCAAUGAAACACGAAUGGAUUACCUUAAAUGCUUCUCUAAAACAAGAAAUAGGUUUUAUUACUUUGGUAAAGCAGACAAAAAGUCGUAUUUCCCGGAAGAGCUGCCGUGCGCAAACGAUACGAUAGCUUCCUUCAAAAACACUUACACCCAUCGGAUUAUUUGGAAGUGGCUAAACCCGCAUCAAGUUUUUGAUGAAAAUCAAAUGGAAGGUAUCGUAAAAGAUGAUGGAUUGUUGUAUCGAAUAGAUCUGGAGCGUUUCCUACUUGCUCAGACAAUAAAAUAAA